AUUUAUUAMAUUAACGGAUGAAUAUGUAAGCAUGUUAUUUUCCUGAAUAUGUUUUGGGGGGAUACAAUUGUAUUCAUUUUCUUUAGCCAAUCGCUGUAAAGAAACUGGAGCCGCGCAGCGUAAGAAAUGGGAAAAUACGUCAGAGAAAUUACGUUUCUGCGUUUAUAACCCAAUAGAAGAAGGGGAAUCAUAUGCAAAUGAGAUAGGAAUAGGAAGUGAAUUCCGAGAUGUCAGUCUAGCGGUAGCUACAUGUCAAUGCAUGUCCAUCGACAGAGAGGGUGAAAUAAUAGAAAAGACGGACCGUAAAUUAUUUCGAGAUAAAUAUAGAAACAUCCCUAUGGAAAGACACGGAUUCAGACACAAAGGAGAAAAGGAAAAGACUGGACACGGUGUAGGAGAGGACGGUAACGAGAUUUUACCACGUCACUGUGAUUCUGUCACCGCACAAAUAAAGGCUGUUGGACAGAGUGGAUCAUCUUUUUAUUGAAUUGAAACCUAAAUUAGGCACCAUGGCCACCCAAGACUCGGGCUACUAUGACUACACCAUCGUCGCCCCGGAGAUGCCGGCCAUGUUCGACGGCAUGAAGCUGGCGGCGGUGCUGUACGUCAUCGUCCGCUGCCUGAACCUCAAGAGUCCCACCGCCGCCCCUGACAUCACCUACCAGGACACGCCCCUCAACCGCUUCCUGCUCAAGUCCUGCCCCAUCCUGACCAAAGAGUACAUUCCGCCCCUGCUGUGGGGUAAAAGUGGCCACCUGCAGACAGCACUGUAUGGCAAGAUGGGGCGGGUCAGCUGCCCUCACCCCAUAGGCCUCAGGAAGUACUUACCCAUGCAGGAUGGGGCCACCGCCACCUUUGACCUCUUCGAGCCCAUGGGGGACCACCGGACAGGAGAUGACGUCACCAUGGUGAUAUGCCCGGGGAUCGGUAACCAUAGCGAGAAGCACUACAUCCGCACCUUUGUGGGUCACUCUCAGAAGGAGGGUUACAGGUGUGCUGUGCUCAAUCACCUGGGUGCUCUGCCCAACAUCGAGCUCACCUCACCUCGCAUGUUCACCUACGGUUGCACGUGGGAGUUUGCGUCCAUGGUGGSUUACAUCAAGAARAUGUUCCCUCACACCCACCUCAUAGUGGUGGGCUUCAGCCUGGGAGGCAACAUCGUGUGCAAGUUCCUGGGAGAGAACCGGACCAAUCAGGAGAGAGUGCUGUGCUGCGUCAGCGUCUGCCAGGGAUACAGUGCACUCAGGGCCCAGGAGACGUUCCUACAGUGGGACCAGUGCAGACGCUUCUACAACUUCCUCAUGGCCGACAACAUGAAGAAGAUCAUCCUCUCACACAGGGGCAGUCUGUUUGGAAGUGCAACGAAGAUGGAGGACGCAGACCUGAGCCGGCUCUACACGGCCACCUCCCUCAUGCAGAUCGAUGAAACCAUCAUGAGGAAGUUCCACGGGCACAACUCCCUCAAAGAAUACUACGAGAAGGAGAGCUGUGUGCAUUAUAUUCACAAUGUUGACGUGCCACUUCUGCUGGUCAACUCUGCAGACGAUCCUCUGGUCCACGGGUCUCUGCUCACCAUCCCUCGCACACUGGCAGAGAAGAAGCAGAAUGUCAUCUUCGCCCUGACACUACAUGGGGGGCACCUGGGCUUCUUUGAGGGGGCCGUGCUCGUCCCCAGCCCCACCUGGAUGGACAAGGUGAUCGGUUACGCCAACGCCAUGUGCCAAUGGGAAAAACAGAAACCGCCAUGCCAAAAAGCGGAACCUGAAUACACCCUGUCCUGAAGAGAAGGCAGCGUAACCUUUAACUUCCUAACUCCUCUCUCGCUCACCUCUGACCCCCCCCCCCCCCCCUCCCUCCCCACUCACUGAGGAGAAACCUUAACCAAACUUGAACUACUACUCUCUCUCUCCUCUCACGCCUCUCUCGGUUACUGUCUCAACCCUCCCCUCCCUGGUACCCUGUUCCCUCAGCCUCUACUCCUCCUGCUGCCCCCUCUAACCAAAACCACCUUACACGCUGAAGAACUAAAAUGACUAAAUGCUUUUGUGCUUUUCUCUGAGGGGAACUAGUGGAUGGAGAGGAACAACUACUUUUGUCCUUAAGUAAACAUUACCAAGAGAAUCCCUGAGAAUCCAACCAUGGAGACUUUGACCAAAUACUCACUAAAAAGGGAUGAAUCAAACUGGCAUCCUACGAGUAGAGAGGGAGAGAGAGACAUGGUAGAUGUGUAGUCGUAGAGAAAACCAGCACAGAAGAAACCUCCUAGUACUAUCUCUGAGGACUAAUGAAGCUGCAGUUACUGUACGUUACAGUGCGCUCACUGCUGACGACUGCCAAGGCUUUAGCCUAGUUUGCCGUCUUAAACCAACACCGCCUCUUUAUACAAUGUAUGUUACUCACAAAUACUGUAUAAAAAGCCAGUUUAGUUUAGCAGGCCGUGUGUGCUGAGAAGGAAAGCUACGGGAUAGCUCUGUUAGUAUGUGACCUUUUCUAUUAGGUUGAUCUGAUUUGCUGUUCAGUCUGUUUUCUUGGUGAAUAUCAGCCCUUUUUGGAAGGUAUACAAAUAUUGAAUUAGUUUAUUAUUAUUAUUAUUAUAGUCAUUUUAUUAUACAAUUAUUUUCAGAUCACGAGUCCCCCAUAAAAUGAGUAUCUAUUUCGCACUUGAUUCCAUGUAGAAUCAAGGGGUAUGUCUCACAAUGCACCCUAGAUCCUAUGGUGAAAUAUAGUGGACCUGGUCAAAAGUAGAGCACUACAAAGGGAAUAGGGUGCCUUUUGGGAUGCAUCCAAGAUCUCACUCGCCCCUCAGUGAUAUUAAGCAGUGGAGGUAGGUUUUUACCUAGCGGACCUGACCUGUGGUCAAUCUCAAUGAGAUCCAUGCACAUUCCUACUGUCUCGUUAUUCUAUCACUUUUAUUCAAUGCACUUUAUACGUUGUAUGUCACGUUUCUUUCUUUAUUCAACCAUUUUGUUAUUCUUUUAUGGGACUAGCGGAAGACAAAGGUUUAGAAACUUUUUUUUUUUUGCUUAACGUUGAGUUCAGUGACACUAACGAACGGGAGGGAGAGAGGUUGAUAACUCUUCAAGUUAGACGGCCCAAAUGAUCCCCACGUUCACUAAACCCUACAGUCCACCCUCCCAGUAGAGGAUUUUUGUAUAUAAAAAUAAGACACUUUUUCCAAUAUAGUGCCCUACAUGUUAGUACACUAUGUAGGGAAKAGUGUMAUUUGAGAUUAGCCCUCAGGGUGAGUCUUCCUUGGCUGUCUGUCCUGUGCAGUCAACCUACUCAGCCUUACUACUAACCCUAACCUACUCAGUCCUAUACCCUUGAUCAGCUCCAGGUCUUCUGAAGCAUGACUGACUAUGGAGUCAUUCCCUUAGACACAGAGAGUAGCCCACUGCCAAUACACAGACACUCCAGUGUCAGACACUCGUAUGGAAAUGGACCUAGGUGUACUUGUUUGGGCUAGCAGCUCWGACUCAAUAAUAUCACAAAUACAUUUUYRACCAAAGUCACAACGUACAUAACUGCUGUGAUAACUGGUUUAUCACAUCUGAUGUUGAACCCUUAAUUGUCGAKGGCACUGUACAGAGGUGAACAUACAAUCAUGUAGAUGACUGGUUUUAUAGACCAUGUGUUCAUGGGACCUGAGCUGUGAGGUGUGCUGAGUAGGAUGGCCAUAAUCAUUGUGUUUAUGACUUCCAACAGACUCCAUUUUGUUGAACCAAAAGUCGUCACAGAAAAGGUUUUUUAGUUGACCAGYGGUAGAAUACUGAUAGAAUAUUGGUGGCAGUGUUGAGGUCUACCAGAGAGGAAGUAUAUUAUACAUGGGAAUGGCCCAACUUUGUUGCUAGGGAACAUUAUCUUUCAACGGGGGAGAGAACUUCUUUCCAUUUAGUUGUCAGGACCGAAGGUCUUAGCACACACGUUUAUGUUUGAAGGAAUGCUGGAAUGUUAAUGCUGAAAGAUGCUGAGGUGUAUGAGAACGAUGUGUAGGUGAGAAUCUGAUGAGGUUCGCAAAGACACAACCCCGAAGUCAAGGGGGAGUGGCGAAAAAGAUAAAGUUUAGAUGUUAUAGCUGAGACGUCAUAGCUUUCCGUGUUUCCUCUUCUUCUAUAUAAUGGCCAUGCAUUUUCCCCUUCAAAGCCUGCAGUGGCAGCCAUGCUGGUGGUGUGUUGUCAUGACUUGUCCAGUCCAGAGGUCCAGCCAAGUGAACUGUAGGGAGGGAAAGCUGGUGAUUCACUGUACAUUAGUGUUAUGUCCUAAAUGGUAYCAUAUUCCCUAAUAUAGUGCACUACUUUUAACCUSAUCCCUAUGGACUCUGGUCAAAAGUAGUGCACUAUAUAAGGAUUAAGGUGCCAUUUGGGAUGCUGCCAGGCGUAUCAGUCUCACCCAACMCAUACCAUCUGUGUACCAUAAUGAGCUCUUUCAACAUCACCUCCUGCCAGUCAUUUGGCUGGCUGAGUUCUUUCAGCCUUGUAAACGUCAYUCCCUUCUCRAACUUCCUCAGUCAACUGGCAUCCAAACACAAGGGUGCCAUCUGCAGGCUUGGAGAGCAAACUACAACUACUGUCUUAAAUCCAGCCAGUAGGUUACUGUACUGUAGUCCUUUAGACAUUAUUGAUGUUAACUCAGUGAGACAAGAUUUUAAUACAGCUGUUGAACUAA